AUGCAAGACCCAUCUUCUUACCGCUUGCUGUGGCUAGUCUUCGUGAGUCUGGCCGUCCUCUACAACCUCGUCUUCACUAUCGGCCGCGCCGUCUUCUGGGAGCUGAACCGGGCCAUCCCGACCAGGCUCUGGUGGACAUUCGACAUCACCUCGGACCUCAUCUACGUGCUGGACACGAUUGUGCACGCGCACGAAGCGCAGGUUGUCCUCGCCAUCCUGGUGCUGAUACACUGGAACGCCUGCCUCUACUUUUGGAUAAGCUACAUCAUCGGCUUCGGCACGGACAGCUGGGUGUACAACCUCAAGAACACGACGGCCCUGGACGACAAGAACAACACCCUGUCGCGGCAGUACAUCUACAGCUUCUACUGGUCCACCCUGACGCUCACCACCAUCGGGGAGACGCCGCAGCCGGAGAACGACCUGGAGUACCUGUUCGUGGUGAUGGACUUCCUGGCCGGCGUGCUCAUCUUCGCCACCAUCGUGGGAAACAUCGGCUCCAUGAUCAGCAACAUGAACACGGCGCGCGUCGAGUUCCAGAACCGCAUGGACGGCGUCAAGCAGUACAUGGCGUUCCGGCGGGUGUCCAAGGAUCUGGAGGCCAGGGUCAUCCGCUGGUUCGCGUACACGUGGGCGAACAAGCAGGCCCUGGACGAGGAGAGGGUGCUGGCAGCCCUCCCGGACAAACUCAAGGCCGAGAUCGCCAUCCACGUGCACCUGGAGACGCUCAAGCAGGUCGAGAUCUUCCAGGACUGCGAGCCCGGCUUGCUGGAGGAGCUGGUCCUCAAGCUGCGGCUGCAGGUGUUCAGCCCCGGAGACUACAUCUGCCGGAAGGGCGACGUCGGCAAGGAGCUGUACAUCGUCAAGCGGGGCCGACUGUCGGUCGUCGCGGACGACGGCUCCGUCGUCCUGGCCCGGCUGGGGCCCGGCUCCGUCUUCGGAGAGGUGAGCGUGCUGGAGAUCGCCGGCAACAAGACGGGCAACAGGCGGACGGCCAACGUGCGCUCGCUGGGCUACUCGGACCUGUUCUGCCUGUCCAAGAGCGACCUGUGGGCCGCGCUGGCCGACUACCCGGACGCGCGCCACUCGCUGCUCGAGCGCGGCUGCCAGCUGCUGCGCAAGGACCGCCUGCUGGACGAGGAGGCCUUCGAGCAGGCCAAGAAGGAGCAGGAGACGCUCGCCGAGCGCGUGCUCAGACUAGACGCGUCGCUCAACGAGAUGAAGUUGCGGCUGAACCAGGCCGUGGCGGAGCUGGCCGGCCAGCACGUCCGCCUCAAGCAGCGCGUCUGCCGGGUGGAGGGCCGCCGGGAACGAGGGACCAGUUUACGGAACAACAGACACUCGCACUGCGAGUCCGCGUGCGACGACGCCGGCCUCCUGUGCUGCAGCGGCCGCGGCUCCCGGACGACGCUCGUCCCCGAGGACUCCAUGGCGCCGCUGUCGGCGCCGCCCGUCGUCCUCCUGGGGGCGGCGUCGGCCUCGUCCCGGGCGUCGGCGGUCUCGUCCGUGGACACGGUGAUCGCGGUGGGGGAGGCGGCGGGCCUGGCGGGCUCGGGGCUCGAGGCGCCCGGGCGGCCGGGCCUGGCGCCGACGCGCCGCUCCUUCCAGGGCGUCGCCGCCAGCCACGCCGCCACCUGCGACCACCAAACCAAUUAUCGCCGCAAGCUCAACAGCGUGUGAAUCUGUACAUAGGACGCUUUUAUUUAUUAUCGUCGUUAUUAACAGAAAAUAAAGACACUAAUUUUCUU